GGAGGAUUCAUUGCAAUCAGUUAGCCAUCACUCACACGCCCGCACACGGACAUUAUCCCCUGCAGAAGGCCAUCGGACAUACCAUGUGGCAGCUUGUGUGGUCUUGUGGCUGACGUAUUCAGGUAGCUCUUGACCCCCUUGGUCUCAUGGCCAGACUUUUGGCUAUGAGACCAAGGGUGUCAAGGGCUAUUUGAAUACAUCAAUACGAUGCCAUACACACAAGCUAGCUCUUGCCACCAAGUGUAUCUAUGUAGCUCAUAGCUAUUUCUCUACACACUUUGGAUGCCACGCCUCCUGUCUCCCUGUCACCCCAGUGCAGCGUACGCUUCACAGCUGGGCACUCGACCGCACAGCAGUAAGACGUAUGCCACUCGAGUGGAAGGAAGUCGGGAGGAUCAAAGGCAGAUAUGCACCACUCAAGCGAAUCCACACAUCUCAUAGAUGGACGUACGUAGGCAGCCCGACAGCUAGGUGGGGAAAACACAGAUACGUACGUGUCGAUCCGUGUGGUGAGCGACCAACCGGCCCCCUCGCUCACUGCACUGUGUGUCACCGCAUCCUCCCACCAGCCACUCCGCUCGUCCAUGUAUCUGUCGUCCAUCGAUCAGGCAUUUCUCGGCUGCACGGCAUCGCUCCCGCGAAUGUGCACGUAGAUGGCAUCGAACGCACGCUGCAACGAGUCCUCAUCCUACCACCACACAACGCCCACAGGCCGACACAAUGCUCUUCAUAACAAAACCGCCCCGCUCUGCCCUGCCCUGCCCUGCCCUGCUCUGCUCACCUUGAGUCCGAACAUGUGUAUCUGUCCCAGCGGGUAUAUGAACAUCUUCAGAUUGGGCCUGUACAUGCCGCCAGCUGUCGAGGGCGCCGCUGCGCCAGCGCCAACACCGGCAGCGGCAGCAGCAGCAGCAGCAGCUGCUGGUGCUUGUGCUGGCGGUGGUGGUGCGCUCGCCGCUGCGUCUUUGCCGCCCGCCACGGGCGCCUGGGAUCGAGAGGGGCUCAACGGCCCCGCAGCCGAAUCAGCCGCAGCCUGUGCGAAUGCAUUCAUGGAUACAAACCAAAGACAGAUGGCUGGAUGGCUGGAUGCGUGUGUCUGUCUGAAUGCGCACCUACCUGUGAUGUGGUGGGCUUGGCAUCGUCUCUACCUGCGGUGGUGGCGCUGGCGGCCAUCCGCGAGUGGCGCACGAAGAUGGUGUCCUCACUGAUGGUGCGGACGUCGGCCGGGUUGGCGUGGGCCGGAGGACUUGUGGCGAAGUGCGUCUGCAGCACUAUCGCCGGCAACACCUCGGGAUCGAACUUCUGAUGAAAGCAUGAGGACAAAACAGCACAGGAGACGGCGAGUGCGUCUGCUGCUGUUGCACGAGUGUGUGGUGUGGUGCACUCUGCGUACCACAUCAGCGAUUUCGAUGAGGUCGACGGGCUCGUCAUCGCGCAGACGCUUUUGGUAUGUGUUGGUGAGGUAGCUGUACAGCUGCUGCAGGUGGACGCACCGCUGGCCAUCCGCACUCAGAUCGACCUCAGCUGAGUGAGUGAGGGAAGCACACACGCAUCAGAAGACAAGAUCGAUGGCAACGUUUGCCUGCGUAUGUGCAGAAAGGUGUGUAGGUACCGAUUAGGUGGAGGGCUUUGAGCGACGUCGUGUCGAUCGGCACCUCGGGAUGAUACUGAUCGCUGUACAUCUCCUUGAUAUACCUGUGCACCCACACCCACACCCACACACACAAAAGGCGUGCAGGCUUAGUGUGUGAAUGCGCUGUGUGUGUGCUAGACUUACUCCUCGUAGGCAUCGACGGCGCUCUCGGGCGUCUUGGAGACAAACAGAGCCGAUGCAUUCUGAUGGAACCACGAGGGCGUCUUGUCCCGGCCCAAACGAGCCACAACACGGUCGCCCUGCACUCAUUCACAUGUACACGUACAGUGAGUGCCACACGUCAGUCACAGCUGCGUCUGGCGGGCAGGUUAGGUGUUCGCUACCUUGGUUGAUGUCUUGAAGAACGGCGCCUCGACAUCCUCAAAGGGAAAGGGCCGCUCUGGGUCCACCCACGACGCGAAGUGGCCACAGAUGAGAUACCGCCUGAUGGUCACUGCCGGGCCUUUCCUCUCCCUCUUGGCCGGGCUGCCGAUGGAGACGAGACUGCCCGACCGGUCCACACGCAUCCUCGGCGGCUCGCCUCCAAAUGGCGGCAUCAUUGGGAAGGGAGGCGAUGGCCACGGCUGCGUCAAGUGGGGGUACGGGGCGGCGCCGGCAGGCAUGCUGGCCAUCGGACGGAAUAUGGGAUGCAUGUGGUGGGGAAAGCCCGAGGGGUAGGGGGCCUGCGGUGGGGGGCCUCGGAACUGCGCACACACAAACAGAUACGUAGGAGGCUUUCGACAGUGACCGUUGGGUUGACAGUCACAUCACAUGCCUGCCGUACUUACCUGUUUCCUCUGCGGCGGCUGCAUGCCCAUCGUGCCGCCCCCAACGCCGACAGGCGACUUCUCGCGCUUGUAGGCCGACAUGGCCGGAGGAGCAAAUUGCCGCCCACCAGCGCCUGCAGGACCACCACCUCCAGCAGCUGCAGCAGCUGCAGCUGCAGCUGCAGCUGCAGCGGCUGAAGGGAACGGUGCUCCGGUGGAGAAGACGUUCCUACCGCCGCCGCCGGCAUAGUGCUGCAUCCCAGGGCCCCCUCCCUGCCAGUUUUGCAGGUUGACCGAUGGGAAGGGCUGCACCCGUGCCUGUGGGUGCUGCUGCAGCCGUGGUUGCGGCUGUGUUGGCUGGCGGCCCGCCAAAGCGUUCCCCAGCGACGUCAUCGGAGCUUGUGGUGGACGUGGCUGGUUGCCGCCCUGCUCGCUGGCAGCGUCUACAUCCACAUCGAUGACGUCGGCUUCCAUGGGCGGCUGGCGUGACGCGGGUGGGCCGACUGCUGAAGCAGGAGGCCUCCCGUGGAACGUGUGGCGCGAACUCAUGGGCACCUCCUUCCCACUACCGCCGCUCAUCAUCCUGAGGAAGCAACAGCGACAGAUCUGCCUCUUUUCCC